AUUUCCUUGUUUGGCAUUUUUAUGCGCUACUUGAAGUACAGUCUAAAGCAUACUACGAUACAGCCCGGUCAUGGAAAUAUCAGAGUCUACUAAAGUAGUGUUUUACGUAAGCAGAAUAUUUGGUCUUGCACCUUAUGUAGUGAAGCGCACUCCUAUUGGCCAAAUAGUGGAUUACAAGCGCAGCGUGUUUCUCAUAGUUUAUAGUGUAGGCCUUGUGUUUUGCUUAGCUGGCCUCACCUACAAAGGAAUAUUUUUCGAUGUAACUUCCAAAAAACCUAUACGCUUCGUUUUCAGAAUGAAAACAGCUACUUCAAAGGUGGUGACCAUUCUAGACGUGUCGGUGGUAGUGUCUGCCUGCAUUUGUGGCACACUCAGUGGAAUAGGGGGACUGCAUUUUGUGCGUGAGCUUAAUCGACGGUUAACCGAAGCCGAUGAAAUACUGUCAUUGUACGUCAAGGAAAGUACCCGAAGCCGGAGGCAACAACGCAAAGGAAUCCUCAUGCUAGGAUUAGUAUGUUUCAUCAUUACUGGAGCACUCUCUCUGGACAUAUGGGUAUGGUAUCGCAUUGCCGAUAAGAUAAAGAAAGAAAACAGCAAUUCCAGUGCCAACGUACUAGGCUACUUUCCAUUUUACUGCUUGUACUACAUACUGAUGAUGUUUCAUGUCCUGUUCGCACAAGCUGCACUGGGCAUUGGUAAUCGAUUUCGCCACUUGAAUGUGGCGCUGUACGAAAUGUUUCCCGAAUUUGGCAGAACACCGCGCAUCGAAAUCUCAUCCAUCAAUUUAGAUUCCGAUAAAAAUAAUCCUAUCGAUGUUGACCUCCGAAAGUGUGUAGCAAACGUGGCGCAUGGAUUUGAUAGGAAGCGAACCUUAUCAUCGAGAAAAAUAAUUGAAGAUCUUGCCGUAAUACAUGCUUCUCUUUCAUAUUGUAUAGUGUUGGUUUCGAAGCAAGUGAAUCGAAGCAAUGCAGGAAAAUUCACAUCUACAUAUUAUCUUAAAUUUCCGUGUUUUGUGUACAACCAUUUCAGGACAUUUGGAAUUGCUUUGCUGGCGGUGCUAGGGUCGUGCUUACUACAUCUCGUCGCCACGUCGUACUUUUUAAUGGUUGAGUUGGUUGGUGACAAGGAUGCAGUAUUUGCGUGGAUUCAGGCAUUGUGGUUAUUCAUUCAUAUUUUUAGAUUUUUACUAACCAUUGAACCCUGUCACAUAACUAAUGUGGAGUCAAAUCGUACUAUAACCAUUAUAAACAGCUUAAGGAGGACCUGCAAAGAUGUUGAAAUGAUAGAGAGUAUCAACAUGUUUUGGCAGCAGUUGAUCGCUAGCAACUUUUCCUUCACCGCUUGUGGACUAUGUACAAUUGACAGACGAAUUAUCACAUCGUACUGCGGAGCGAUUGCCACUUACUUAGUAAUACUAAUUCAAUUUAAAGAAGCCGAUGACAAUUCUGGAAAAACGCCACACUAGCCGACUACAGACGAAACAAGUAUAGCAUUAAAAGUGGCAUGUGUAUGGUUUAAAUUUAAAAUUAUGUGUAGCGACAUAAUUUAAACAUUAUUUAUCACCAACAAACGUACGGUGGAAUAAUCAUAUCAAAAUAAUAAAUUUGAUAAUAAAAAAAUAGUUCACAAUAAGGAA